AUGACCCAGAGCGGGUCUGGGAGGCUGCUAUGGAGCCACGCGGGGCAGCAGCGUUCCAGCAGGCCGAAUCUGGGAGAAUUAGGCUUAGAGAGGAGUGGAAGGGACAAGGAGGCCCCUCCCCGGGCAGGGCGCGCGCUCCCAGUCAAAGCCCAGCCUCCCGCCCUCACCCCCAACCCUCCAAGGGGCCGCCAACCAAGCCAUCUCUCGAGCUGCGGACUGCGGCCCCGACCCGAGAGGGAGAGCGCGACAGACAUGGCGGCGGCCAAGCCCGAGAACCUCUCCCUGGUGAUGCACGGACCCGGAGACUUGCGCUUGGAAAACUAUCCUAUCCCUGAACCAGGCCCAAACGAGGUGCUUCUGAAGAUGCAUUCUGUUGGAAUUUGUGGCUCAGAUGUCCAUUACUGGCAGCAUGGUCGAAUUGGAGAUUUUGUUGUGAAAAAGCCAAUGGUGCUGGGGCAUGAAGCUUCAGGAACAGUUGUAAAAGUGGGAUCAUUGGUCAGGCACCUACAACCAGGUGAUCGUGUUGCCAUCGAGCCUGGUGCUCCUCGAGAAACUGAUGAGUUCUGCAAGAUUGGCCGAUACAAUCUGUCACCUACCAUCUUCUUCUGCGCCACGCCCCCCGAUGAUGGGAACCUCUGCCGGUUCUACAAGCACAAUGCUAACUUCUGCUACAAGCUUCCUGACAAUGUCACCUUUGAGGAAGGGGCCCUGAUUGAGCCACUGUCUGUGGGGAUCCAUGCCUGCCGGCGAGCUGGAGUCACCUUGGGGAACAAGGUCCUUGUGUGUGGAGCUGGGCCAAUUGGACUGGUCAGUUUGCUUGCAGCCAAGGCAAUGGGUGCAGCUCAAGUGGUGGUGACUGAUCUGUCAGCCUCUCGGUUGUCUAAAGCCAAGGAAGUUGGGGCUGAUUUCAUCCUCCAGAUCUCCAACGAGAGCCCUCAGGAAAUAGCCAAGAAAGUGGAAGGCCUGCUGGGCAGCAAGCCAGAAGUCACAAUUGAGUGCACAGGGGUGGAGACCUCCAUCCAGGCCGGCAUCUACGCCACUCAUUCUGGUGGGACCCUGGUGCUGGUGGGGCUGGGCUCUGAGAUGACCAGCGUGCCCCUUGUGCACGCAGCCACCAGGGAGGUGGACAUCAAGGGCGUGUUUCGAUACUGCAAUACAUGGCCGAUGGCGAUUUCAAUGCUUGCAUCCAAGUCUGUGAAUGUAAAGCCCUUGGUCACCCAUCGGUUUCCUCUGGAGAAAGCUCUGGAGGCCUUUGAAACAACCAAAAAGGGUUUGGGGUUGAAAGUCAUGAUCAAGUGUGACCCCAAUGACCAGAAUCCAUGA